GUUUGGGUUAGACGAUCGGGUCGGGUCGUCAUUGGAAAAUGAACUGGGUGGUCGGGUCGAACCUCAACUGAACAUGAAAACCGCCGGACUUUCACCAUGUUUUUGGGCAGAGAGAGAAGAGAAGAAGGAGAAGAAGGAGAAGAAGAAGACGAGGAUGAAGAAGCGAAGACAAAGAAGACGACGAUGAAGCCAUGGGAACAGCACUCCGGGAGGGAGAAGAGCGCCACCAAAGAAGCCAUGUGCCUCCUUGAAAAGUGUUUUGGGACAUCUGCUGCUAGGGAGAGUAAUAACUUGGAGCUGGCUGAUGCAAAGCUGACUGCUGAGAGAAGGAAAGUAUGUCCCGAGGAAUUGGAUCAGGACGGUGCUGAUGGUGCCGAGUGUGGGCAUUCAGCCGAUGAAUAUUGGAAUGAGAAUGAAGGUAAGCUCUCAGAAGAUGUAUCUUCCCAAACAAAGGAAGACAUGCGUGCGAAUCAAUCUCGAGCUCUUUCAUUAGUUGAUUGACAGGGAGUGGUGUGCUUCUCUUUACAUUCCCUUAUGAGGGUUCAGCCGACACCAUUCAAAUUGUGUCUCAUAUUUUCGAUUCCUGGCGAUCUGGAAAUUCAAGUUCCCCACGGUGAGUUUUUCUUUUUCUUCCCUGACAUUGGACACUAAUACGGUUCCCUAAUAGAUUUCAUUCAUUUCCUACCGUGGCUUGUUACUUUCGGAUUGGGUAAUUUGCUAGGAGUCACUACUGAUGCAUAAAACCUCUUGCAUCACAUUGGACAGAAAAUUUUGGCAUUGAUGGAUGAGUAUUCUAAAUGAAAAAGGAAAGAAAAAACAGAUGUGCAACUAAUCCUCAAUGAGGCAUGUCUGUUUUACUUGAUCAGCUUAAAAUUCCACUCUGCCCUCUACAGUGUAAUGAGAUUGCUGUAUAGUGUGCUUUUGAUUUUACUUUCAAUAUGUUGGUGACUUUUUUCAAAUAAAUGCCCAUAAUCACUAGAAAUCUAUAUAUGUUAACAUUUAAAUUCAAUUAAAAUAUAUAUUUUUUAAUAAUUAAAGGGCCAUCUAAUAGCCCAUCAGCACAACCUACAGUUGCAGUCGAAAGCAUUUUUCUUGAAGGAGACAUCUUUCCUGACCCUUUUCUCCAAAAGAGAGAGAGAGAGUAGUAGAUCUUUGGCUGUGGAAAAACACCUUGAAUUUUCUCCAUUCUGGGAACUGUAGCUUGUAGACUAUCUACUUAUGUAUUUUUUGCUAGCAUUUGAUUUAACUGACCACUGUUUUACAAAUUGCGAGUUGGUUUUUCUGCUGCAGUUUGCAUGAUUGAAUUUUUCGUAUCUGAGCUACAUGGAGGUUGAACAAGCCAGACCUAAGGGCUGUUGUUCAAAAGGCUUGUUCUCAAGUUUAUAAAGUAUAACCCAAGCAGACUUGCACAACUGAUAAAGGUACUGUAUCAUAAGAAGAUCAAGUUAGCUACUGAUAUCUUCUGGUUUUUUGUAGAUCUUUGCUGUGGAAUACGCGCCUUGAAUUUUCUCCAUUCUGGGAAUUGUAGCUUGUAGACUAGCUUCUUCUUUAUUCUUUGCCAGCAUUUGAUUUAACUGACCACUGUUUCGCAGAGUGCCAGUCGGUUUUUUUGGUGCUCUUGGUGUCGUCAAAUUUUUCCGGUCCUAACUACUUGCAGGUUGAAGGAGCCAGACCUACGGACUGUUGUUCAAAACCUUAUUCUCAAGUCUAUAAAGGAUAACCUAAGCAGACUUUCACAACCGAUAAAAGUGCUGUCUCAUAAGAAGAUCAAGUUAUCUGCUGAUUGCUGUAUGGUAUGGAAUUGUAUUUCCUAAUUCUGUUUCAGCAGUUGCUUCUUACCCUAUUGCACGAAGUCUUUUCCUCUCCCUUCAAUUGAA